GUCGCGCUGCGGGCAUCCUUUGCGGCAGCUCUCCGCGUCGCCUGCAGUUCUUCUGGUACCCACAGCCAGCGACCGAACAAGGGCACCGCGGUAGGACGGUAGGGCCUGCGGCCAUGCCUUUCUUUGAUAUACAGAAGAAGUUGGGCAUUGACUUAGACCGCUGGCUGUCAAUCCAAAGUGCUGAACAGCCUCACAGGAUUCCAUCUCGAUGCCAUGCUUUUGAAAAAGAAUGGAUAGAAUGUUCACAUGGAAUUGGUGGUAUCCGCGCACGGAAAGAGUGCAAGAUAGAAUAUGAAGAUUUAUUCGAAUGUCUGCUUCGGCAGAAAACGAUGAAACGCCUGAGUGCCAUCGUGAAGCAGCGGAAUAAGCUAAUCAAGGAGGGGAAGUACACACCCCCACCCCACCACGUGGGCAAGGAGGAGGAGCCCAGGCCCUAAGCAGAGCAGCGCUGAGGCUGAUUUUCAUGUUCGUUCUUCUCCACUGGAAAGCUUAUGUACUGACAACUUCUUUGUGAAAGUGUCUCAAAAUAAAGGAUUGCUUCAUCCUA